AUAUUGGAAAGCCUUUCUGCAUUUUUAAAAGCAGAGAAUUUCAGAAACGGGUAAAGAUGGGUAAAGCAGAGCAGGGUGCAUCUCGUUACCCAGCACCUCCACGGAGCACGGCACGCUUGGCCAACUUGUCCCCAGCCAAGCUGGAAGAAGUGAGCGCACUACUCAAAAAUCACGUGGCUGUGGCGAGCUCGAAGCCUGCUCCUGGGCUCCCCCCGGCAGCAGGAAAGCAGGCAGCUGUGUCACAGGCACAGAGUUCAGCAGCUCCCGGCUGGGUGUGCAGCACCUUGCACUCCUCUCUCUGGGCUGACUCCGGAGAAGCGGCUGGGAGCUGUGUCUGAAAUUAGACUGCUGGGGAAGGAGUGGAACCGUUAACAAACCGUGCUGUGUCACUGCGUACCUCUCCCUUGACAGCAAGACCUUGUUUUUGCUGGCAGUUAGGCAGAAUGCAGCGCUGGGAGUGGCUUUGCAGCAAAUUUGGUGGGAUGUCCACAGUGCAUUUUUUAAAUGGCAAGUCUGUUACCAAAUGUAGAAAGUGUGACCAGAGGGCUCGAGCCCUCCGACGGGUGCAUUCCAAGCCUAAUGAUUCAUGUUUAGGAUUUAAAACUGAGACCACAGGUUUGAAGUACAGUUGUAUAUUAGUCUUCCUUGCAACUGCCUUUGCUUGCUGUUUAUAAAAACUUGAGGGUAAGGCUUGAGGCAGUAAUGAGAAGACAAGUAAUUAAACAGGGUCACUAGAUUUGAUGCUUAUUUGAGCUGACAGAGCAGAAUGGUGUUGCAUAGCUGGCAGAUUAGCAGUUCACUAUUAGAUAAUAAUUCUCCAGGGAUUUGUACCUCAUGGUCACCGCUUCUUUUAUUUACUUAAGAUGCAUUCUGGAUAAGUUUAGGCAGGUGAGAGAGUUUGGCACAGAUGUCCAGGCUCCUAGAAACCAGCAAUCCUAAGAUUCUUUUCCAAGCUAGUAACACAGGUUUUGUGGCAUUGCCUGGAUCUCACAAAGUCCAGCCGUUUUGAAGCUACUAUGCGAGUUCCUCCACCAGUUCUUGUUCCUUUCCCCAUGGAAAACAGCUAAACUCAGGGUGGAUUUUUCAUUUCAGCCUCCUCACACCGGAGGAAUAUUAAUUGCUGCUGAGGCAGCCACAGUAAGAAUGGCAACUUGCCAUGUAAGUCAGCAGUUAAGCAGGACUCACAGAUUUGCAUUUUGGUGCGUGUAAUGAGGUCAGUAGAACAGAACGUAGGAGAAACAUAAGUUGUCAUACUCAUCUGAACUGAGUUUUUUGAAUAAGUGGAUGAAAAAAACUUAUAAUGCCAAUAUUUGCCCCAUCCUGGAGAGGAAUCUCUUGAACCACACUGUUUUGGGUUUUUUUGAUUUGAUCUGAAGGGUGCUAGUCCCCAUUGCAUUGGGCAGGAGAACAUUUCAAUGUCCGUUCAUUUUUAGGGAGCAGAAGAGAUACAUAACUUGUUCCACGUUUUCACAGAAUCAGGCUUGCUCAAUCUAGAAUAUAAUUCCUUGAAAGCAUUUGGGAGGAUGAAACUGAACUUCUGUUGAAAGAGGUCAUGGAUUUACCUCCCUAAUCCUUGAGAGAAAGGUAUACAAUGUAGCUGCAAGCCUCGUAGCAGAGAUUCAAGUGGGAAACAGAGGGGGAAUCCAGAGACAGACCAGCGGGGGAAUUAAAAACUGUGACGUCGUGUCCUCCCUCCUGUGCCGGAGCAAGCAAAGAAAGGAGAGGUAGAGGAAAAAAAGACUGAGCCUUGCAACCAACCAUCACCUUGGCGAUGUGUCAGUCAAACACCCUGCAGGGACCAGAUCUGCAUACAGGGAAAUGGUGAGAUGCUAUAAAGCUUUAUCUAACCCUCCGCCCUCGUGCUACAACCUCCGCAAAGUUAAAAUUCAUGUCCGGAGGCUGCGUUCAGGGAACGGUGGCAGCAGCAGCUGUGCCGGGGACCAGCACUCACAACUGGACAGUCCAGGCCCGGCUGGCUCUGCCGGUGGUACACCAAAUAGGAGAACACGUUUCAGGUUGCAAUUUCCCCAGCUGGCCCUGAGGCGAAGGUUGGGCCAGCUAAGCUGUAUGUCUAGGCCUGCUCUGAAACUCCGUUCUUGGCCUCUGACUAUUCUCUAUUACCUUCUGCCUUUCGGUGCUCUUAAGCCCUUGACCAGAGUGGGAUGGAGGCCUGUGAGCAGGGUUGCUCUGUACAAAUCGGUACCAACUCGACUGCUCUCACGAGCAUGGGGUCGCCUGAACCAGGUGGAGCUGCCUACAUGGCUUCGGAAGCCUGUUUACAGCCUGUACAUUUGGACAUUUGGAGUAAACAUGAAGGAGGCAGCUGUUGAAGAUCUGCAUCACUAUAGAAACCUCAGUGAAUUCUUUCGCAGGAAGCUGAAACCACAAGCACGGCCAGUCUGCUGUUUGCACAGUGUGAUUAGUCCCUCUGACGGAAAGAUCCUUAACUUUGGACAAGUAAAGAACUGUGAAGUGGAGCAAGUAAAAGGGGUUACUUAUUCACUGGAAUCUUUCUUGGGACCUCGCAUCAGCACAGAGGACUUGCAUUUUAGUGAGGCCUCACCUGGUAACUCCUUUCAGCAACAGCUAGUCACAAAGGAGGGGAAUGAGCUCUAUCAUUGUGUAAUCUACCUUGCACCAGGGGACUACCACUGCUUCCACUCGCCCACUGACUGGAGAGUGUCACACCGACGUCAUUUUCCAGGCUCUCUGAUGUCUGUGAAUCCUGGAGUUGCUCGCUGGAUCAAGGAACUGUUCUGCCACAAUGAACGGGUUGUCCUUACAGGUGACUGGAAACAUGGCUUUUUCUCUUUAACGGCUGUAGGAGCAACAAAUGUGGGCUCUAUCCGCAUCUACUUUGACCAGGACCUGCAUACCAACAGUCCCUGUUACUCAAAAGGUUCCUACAAUGACUUCAGCUUCGUAUCCAACAACAACAAGGAGGGAAUACCCAUGAGGAAAGGAGAACAUUUAGGGGAAUUUAAUCUAGGCUCUACUAUUGUACUCAUCUUUGAGGCACCUAAGGACUUCAAAUUCCACCUCAAAGCUGGACAGAAAAUCCGCUUUGGAGAAGCCCUGGGCUCUCUAUAGAAACUCACGCAGCAAGAAGGUUUUAUAUACAAGGGGACUUUUAUCACAUCACAGCAAGUUUCACUUAACAAGCGUAUAUCACUCAGCAGGACCUGGGUGAGGAAAAUGGAAGAUGUCAUUGCUAUGUUCAACUUUGAGAGUAUUUGGCCUAUAUUUACAUAUUGCUGCUGAAUGCAGAAAGAGAAUUGAAUGAACGUGUAUGUAUCAGGUACAGCUGCCUUUAAAGAUGUUGACUAUGGAGGUUUCUGUCCUACCCUGUGCCUGUAGCGUUUGAUGUUCUCCCCCUCAAUGUGCCACAGGAUAUCUAUGUUCACAGAGCUUAAAAAUCCCUUUUAAGCCUUCCUAGACCAUGCAGGUGCAAUGGGGAAGGGUGGAAAUAGAGAUUAGGUUUAUUUAAAGGGACAUUAAGAAGUUGAGUCAGACCUUAUACCUUUGAUCUGCUGUAUUUCUUUUUCAGACCUUGAGUAACAAAUGUAUUCUUGUCUUUAUUCUAAAACACUUCUCUGAAGUCCUUGUAUAAAAUACCUGGAGAGCCAUUAACUAGUCCAGUUAAAUGGACUAUGAUGGCUUCACAGUCCAAACUAAGCAAAAUGCACAGACCGCAUGAGUAAAGUAAGUUAUACAUCCAAUUUAUUUCCUAAUGUUAGACAACUUUAAUUCUUUUACCUAACAAUGUCCCUUGAAAAAUGGACUUUGCACUGUAUUUUAAACCUGGAACCACUGUGUCUACAUUCCAUACAAUGAAACUGGUCAUCGUGGAUUUUUUUUUUUAAUACUAGCAGACAGAUCCAUAUGUCCAAUUCCUAAUCCAUGCUUUUAUUUUGCUAUUCCAGGCCUUAAAGAUCUUGUUUGUAUUUAAGAGAGAGUUCACCUCUUGAAUUAAGGGUUGGAAGACAAAGAGAAUGUUUCUCAUGUGAUGCUAUGUAUCUUCAGUGUUGCUUUGUCAUUGUUAUUGAAGAAUAGUUCCUCUAUUUACAGGGCAGUUUCAGAUACUUCAGGACCAAUUUUUAUCACGUGCAGUGCAAUGCCAUAUGUACUGACAGUACAUUAAAACAACAGCUCUUGGAAGCAAUCCCAGGUUGCCUCCCAGGUGCCAACUUGGCCAUCCUGUAAUGCACUGGCACCUAUUUUGUCUUAUCUAAAAUAUAAAAAGCCACACCUGCUCUGACUUCUGCCCUCAGACUGAUUUUGCUAGGAAUGUUCUGGGGCCUGAAAGCUUUAUGCUGGAGUUUCAUCCUACAGCAAAACCUCAGAGCCUCAUUGUAACUUAACGUCAAGAAGAGUUAACAAAACACCUUGGAUCUCUUGAGCAUGGCACCAAAAGCACUGACACUGGUGCCAAAGUAAAGAAGAAGAACUCUGUUUUAAAGCAAUGUAACAAUUAUUUUUAGAAAAUAAACUGUUUCAAGUCCAGCUGCUCAAACAUUUUGAGUUGAAGUUGCUGUCCAGCACUUGUGGGAGUGGACAUGCUUAUGAAACUUGCCUUUCUGAUCUCUGAAAGAUUUCUCAUACUACUUCCUUGCUUGAGCCUUGGGUGUUUUUUCUGCUACUUCAAGGAGAUGAUAGGCUUUGAUCUGCUGUGACUUCUUUAAGAAAAACUUACCUUCUUUAUAUGCACUGCAGAAAAUAGAAUAUAAUUUUAUUGUACAAAUGUCCAGUUUGCCAAGUCCUGUAUGCUUAGCUUGUCAUCAGGAAUGAAAGGAUGAUGAACUGUAUGUAGCAAUGUAGUCCAGCCAUGACUCUUAAGAUGAUGGUGGCUGUUCAGGUGACAAGCAGGAGAAAAUUCAUUUGGCUCUGAGAGUCAAUGUUUCCUCACUUUACAUGGGGAGGAGUUUGAAAGCUUGAAGUGGCUGUUCGCCACCUAUCUUGUUAAACUUCUUGGCAGUAGCAAGUUUACUCCUGCAGCAGUAUAUUACCACAUAUAGGUUUCUAGAAAUGUGCACUUUUAAACCACCGAGAGUAAGAAAUACUAAGGCAAAUAUCAGCCACAGAGGAUUGAACUGUGACUAGCCUCAACUUCAAAGACAUGUUUAUAGCAGACAACAACUUAGUUCCAGUGGAUGAGAGAAGAGAGAACAAUCUCUUCUCCCUUCUCCACUGGGGCCCGUGGCAUCCCGAUGUAGCCAAAGCAACUUUAAGCUUUAAUUUCUUGCUACUCCACAUCAUCAUCUGCAGGAUCUGAAGGUUACUGUUAUUCAGUAAUGGAGGAUGUAUUAAAGCAAACAUCUGGCAACCUAAGUCUAAGAAGUGGGAGAGGAUUCAGCAAUGCAAGUAACUGGUUUUGCGAAGGUCUUAAUACUGUGCAGAGCUAGCUGAUUAACGAACAUUACUUGUGCAGUGGUCAGCAAUUACUCUGAAACUGGAAGCAAAGUUCAUAGAGGGUACUGAUAAUGCUGUGAAUUUCUCCUGCAUGGAGAAUCCAUUGAAUUCUUCAACUGUAUCAGUAGCACGGUAUUUUUGUAUGUCAAAGUGUAUGACUUAAUGACAUUAACUCAUUUAAUUGCAAACAUUUUGAAAUAAAGAGUCUUAUCUGUG